CCCCGCCCCGCCCCGCGCUGCGCCGCCCAUCCCAGUGCUAACACUGACGUGUCCCUCGGCGGAGGUGCUGCACCCAGGAGCAGGCACGGGUGCGGGCAGCGUCGCCUCACGCGGAGCGGAGCGGAGCCUAAGCGGAAUCCAGAGCCGGAGCAGCCGCCACCAUGGCGAUUAAAUUUCUGGAAGUCAUCAAGCCCUUCUGUGUCAUCCUGCCGGAAAUUCAGAAGCCAGAGAGAAAGAUUCAGUUUAAGGAGAAAGUGUUGUGGACUGCUAUCACCCUCUUUAUUUUCUUGGUAUGCUGCCAGAUCCCCCUGUUUGGUAUUAUGUCUUCAGAUUCUGCUGACCCUUUCUAUUGGAUAAGAGUGAUCCUAGCCUCUAACAGAGGCACAUUGAUGGAGCUUGGUAUCUCUCCCAUUGUUACCUCUGGCCUCAUCAUGCAGCUCUUGGCUGGCGCCAAAAUAAUUGAAGUUGGUGAUACCCCAAAAGACCGAGCCCUUUUCAAUGGAGCCCAAAAGUUAUUUGGAAUGAUCAUUACCAUUGGCCAGUCUAUUGUGUAUGUGAUGACGGGAAUGUACGGGGACCCUUCUGAAAUGGGAGCUGGAAUCUGCCUGUUAAUCACCAUUCAGCUCUUUGUUGCUGGCUUAAUUGUCCUACUUUUGGAUGAACUUUUGCAAAAAGGGUACGGCCUGGGCUCCGGCAUCUCCCUCUUCAUUGCCACUAACAUCUGUGAGACCAUCGUGUGGAAGGCCUUCAGCCCCACCACUGUCAACACUGGCCGAGGGAUGGAAUUUGAAGGUGCUAUCAUUGCACUGUUUCACCUGCUGGCCACACGCACUGACAAGGUCCGAGCCCUUCGGGAAGCCUUCUACCGCCAGAACCUCCCCAACCUCAUGAAUCUCAUCGCCACCAUCUUUGUCUUCGCAGUGGUCAUCUACUUCCAGGGCUUCCGAGUGGACCUGCCCAUCAAGUCAGCCCGUUACCGAGGCCAGUACAACACCUACCCUAUCAAGCUCUUCUACACCUCCAACAUCCCCAUCAUCCUGCAGUCCGCCCUGGUGUCCAACCUGUAUGUCAUCUCCCAGAUGUUGUCAGCCCGCUUCAGUGGCAACCUGCUGGUCAGCCUGCUGGGCACCUGGUCUGAUACGUCUUCCGGGGGUCCAGCACGUGCUUAUCCAGUUGGUGGCCUUUGCUAUUACCUGUCCCCUCCAGAAUCUUUUGGCUCCGUGUUAGAAGACCCUGUCCAUGCCAUUGUGUACAUAGUGUUCAUGCUGGGCUCAUGUGCAUUCUUUUCCAAAACAUGGAUCGAGGUCUCAGGCUCCUCUGCCAAAGAUGUUGCAAAGCAGCUGAAGGAGCAGCAGAUGGUGAUGAGGGGCCACAGAGAAACUUCCAUGGUCCAUGAACUCAAUCGGUACAUUCCCACUGCCGCUGCCUUUGGGGGGCUGUGCAUCGGGGCCCUCUCCGUCCUGGCUGACUUCCUGGGUGCCAUUGGGUCUGGAACCGGGAUCCUGCUCGCAGUCACAAUUAUCUACCAGUACUUUGAAAUCUUUGUAAAGGAGCAGAGUGAAGUCGGCAGCAUGGGGGCCCUUCUCUUCUGAGCCAUGUCUCUCCUGGACUAGGAAGAGGAGACAUGCUCUGGAAUUGCCAAGGAAAGGGAACAACGAAUUCAUCACAGGGGUGCUGCUGUGGUAUAUGGAAUUUUGUUUACUUUUUUUUUGAAUUUCUUAUUCUUUCAUUCCACUUUGUAAAGUGCUAGAAAUUUCCAAUUUGAGAUUUUGCUUUUUAUUCUGGCAUUGGCUAAAGACCUAUAGAAAUGAGGUUUUAUUCAGCUGAUGGCCAGAGGCUGGGAGGAUAAAUGACUCCCCGUGUGUCCAUGUAACUUUUGUUUUAACCUUUGUACCUUCUCAGUGCCAUAGGCGGCUGCGGUGGUCCCAGCUGUUCACCUACAAGGGAAUGUCUCGUUGGUUAGAAGCACAAACAUUGUUGAAAGGACUGCAUUUCAUUGUGGCAGCAAGAUGUGAGGCUGGCAACACACCAUGUGUUUUCUGAUGGAUGUGGGUGAUUCACUAGCAUGUUCCCUCACGGUCGGGUAGGAACAUAUGCUUAAAACUUGUUCUCUGGAAGACACAAUUGUCUUCCCUUUUAAAAGCAGUUUUUUUUUUAGGACAGAGCAUCCAAAGGAAAGGGAUGAAUUUCCCAGCAAGAUACUCUUGGGCCAUCAGUUCCUUUUUCUGCAUGUAAGGUCGGGAUCCGUCAACUUUAGAGUUGCGCCUGGCCAAGCUAGGUAAACAUUGUGUGGAGGACCCCUGGAGUUAUGUCUUUCUCUCUAGUUCUUCCAGUUGUCACUGGACUUGGCCCCUCUUGGUUCUUCCACUCCCCACUUGGUGCUAGCAAGUGGAGACACUGUGGCAGGCACUCAGACGUGGAAAGACAUCAACUUACUUGGUGUUCACAGGCCACCACUACCCUCUAGGCUGAACACUUCCCACUUGUAUUUUCAGAACUCUUUCAUUGUGCUUAAGACCAAAUGCAAAUAAGGUAAAUGACAAGAUGCCACCGAUCUCCUGCAGUCAGGGUCAGAGAGCUUGUGUUUUUGGUAAGUUGCUCCAAUGUUUGAUAUUAAAAGACUCAUAAUUAUGUGUAAAAUAAGUUCUUUUCGCAAAAACAGGUGACUAAGAUCUUAGGAAUUGGACCCUUUCUAAGGCCUUUAGAAAAGUGCUUCUUGGGACAGGCGCCUGGCAGUGCUUGGCAGCAGGGACAGCAGAGUCAGGCACUGCAAGCCUGAGGGGUUCUCACUGGAGGACACCCCAGUUCUAAGAAGGGAAUACUAGGGGUCUCUGCAGCCAUAUGGAGGGAGAUGUCCCACCAGCAGCAGGCACACAGUGGCCUCUGAAGCCCAGAGCCAUGGUCAUUAUUCAGUAGAGGUUUCAAACUUGACACCUGAGUCAGGAGGGCUCCUAGAAGUCCUUACUGGCAGUGCUAACCAGAAAAUAGACCAACCAAGGAACAAGAAGCAACUUGCUUAAAACCACCUGGCAAGUUAGCCGCAGAAGAGCCAGGAUGGGCCUGGCGGGUCUGUCACCCCCAGUCCAGGGCGUUACCACACCGCCAUAUCACACGUGGCCUUGUCAGCCCCAGUCCUGAGCAGAGACCUGAUGCCUCUUCCCAACCCUGUCUGCUCAGCCCAACCUUAUAGGACUGCUAUGGCCGCUGGCAGACAGGGCAGCAGUCCCGAGGCUCACAAGCUAUGGGCUAGAGGGUGCUGAGCCUUGUGGCAGGAGCCCUGCAGCCCUGCCUGCAGCCUGUAAUCAUCAGUGGGGCUCUGCAAGGCUUAGGCUCAGGCUCUGGUUAAUCAGCACGGUGGGUGGGGCUGAUCCUAGCUUCCAGGGAGUGUCACUGUGGACAGGGAAGUGGCAUAACUGAGAUAAGGUGAAAAAGUGACAAAUAAAGCCAACUUUUUACAA